AUGGAAAGUCAUGAUGGGAACAUACAAGGGAACAGGCCAGGCGCCGGAUUUGGAUCCGGAUCAGGAGCUGGAUCAUAUCUCCCACGUAUAGACCAAUUUUACAUUCCAGAGUGGCUCACGAUGCAGUUUGUGCUCAACAACAUGAUAUGUUUCACGCCUCUAAUAUCAUACGGAACCACCGUUCUCAGCAUUCGAAAGUCUAAGACAGCCUUAGGCUUUUCCAUAGACAUAUGUGCCACCAUGCUACUUGCGAGUAUUUUUCGCAUUUCAUACUACCUCAUUACACCAUACGAUGUUGUUUUGCUGCGACAAUCGCUAGUGAUGAUCUUCAUUCAAUUGAUUCUGCUGCGCACUAGUCUACACUACAGACCUGAGGAAUACAAGUAUGACAAGUUGGAUCCCGUCGAGCCUUUUACACAGCUUCUGCACGACGUAUGGCUCGAGUAUUUCCCGCUUAACCCGUUCGGCUCUGAUUGGAAACACUUACUCAAGUCACUUUCUUUUAAAGGCUUCAUUGAGUUUACUUACAAGAUCUGUCUAGUGAUGCUUUACAAAUUUCUUAAAUUCUUCGACCCCAGUUACCGCAGAUACGGGUCGUUCUGGCAAUGGAAUCAAGACAAAAAUUACUGGCUUUUCUUGGCAUACUUUUCAGUGGCACAACUGACCGUUACUAUGUUUGUAGCGAAAGUGAUGAACUGGACCACAAUUGCUCAAUCAAUUGGCUCCGUGAUUGGUUCAUUAGGGCUAUUCAUAGAGUCGCUACUGCCGCUCCCGCAAAUUUCCAUUCUAAACAAGCUAAAGUCUGUACAAGGUUUUAAACUAAUUUUAUUAGUGAGCUGGCUUUGCGGUGACGUUGUGAAAAUAAGUUAUCUCAUGUUUGGAGCAAGCAAUAUCUCAGCGUUAUUUUUGUUUUUUGCCUUGUUCCAAAUGUCGUUGGAUAUGUACAUCGCAGGCCAAUACGUCUACUACAGAUUCUACUAUCCCGGCGAGAAAGAAAGUACGACAAACGCUGAAGAAAUCGAGCUGUGUGCGCUUGACCCGGCGCCGGCUUAG